AUGGAUAUUAUUUCGCUUGAUUGUCCUUUAUCUGAUCCCGUGACUAUGCUACGGAUUGUGGGUUCUUGCAAUGGGUUGGUGUGCCUAGUUUUGGAUCUCAAUACCGUUAUUAUUUUGAACCCAGCAACAAGAAAGUCUCGAGAAUUACCAAUUUCUAGUAUUAAUGGAUUUGAUAAGGAAUACGGGUUUGCUUAUGAUGAAUCUACUGAUGAAUACAAAUUUGUAGAAAUUGGUUUCACAAUUGAUGAUUUGGAUGAAAUUAAUGCUUUUUUCAAGGUGUACAGUUCAAAAAUCGAUUCAUGUAGAAUCAUUGACGACCCUCCUGGAUUCGUAUUCACUGGCUGCGGUGUAUGUGUGAAUGGAGCUAUCCAUUGGAAAGUACUAUACCCACAAAUAACCCGAGAGAUUGGUUUAUUGUGGCACAUGGAAUUACAACUGAUAUAUUAG